AUGGAAGCGAUGCCCUCGCCUCUGCGUUCUAGCACGUGGCUAGCCAACAAGGAAAACCAACAACUAUACCCCAUCUUGAGGAACUUUCACCAUGCCAUGUCAAGCAUCGAGCGAGACAAGAUCUACGCGCUCCUCGGCCUCUGUGGGCCCUCCAAUACCAAACAGCUCGUAACCGAUUAUACAAUACACGAAUCCGAGGUUGUGCGAAAUACAACCGCAUAUAUCUGCGGCUGUGACGUGCAAUGCUUGCCUCUAACUCCAUCUGAUACUAUCAAGUCGUUUCUGGACAACUUGGCAACAUUGCACUCGAGGACAUUCAGUCUACUUCUCAGAUCAACAGACGUACGUGCGAUGCAGGGCGUAAUGUUCAUGCUUCGCGAAAGGCAUCAGUAUUUUGACUUCACCACCACAAUGAUGGAGGAUGCCGCACGAAACGAAGUCCAUGGAGCAGCAAUGAUCCAGUCAUUAUUAGAACGAGGUCCUCAGGAUUGA